AGCCCAGCGCUAGCGGGCGCCGAGCGGGAGCCGCGCGGGAGCGGCGCAGCGACAUCGGCGGCGGUGGCGGUGGCGGUUGCAGCUCGGAGCCGUUGAGACGCCUCUGCGGCAGCUGGUGGCGCAGGUGGCCGGCGUGGACGUGGGCAGGAGCGGCCAGCGCGCCCCGCAGCCCCAGCGCCACCGCCCAGCAGGCGCGUCGGGACACCCGGAGGCAUCCUCCCCCGCCCGCGGGCCCGCCAGUCCCAGCUCGCGUCUGUGCUCGCAUCUCCUGAUCGCGGCGGCUGCGCUGCUCCCCCUUCUGGUCUUGGGACUCCCGGCGUCGCCCCUCCAACAUGACUCGCGAUUUCAAACCUGGAGACCUCAUCUUCGCCAAGAUGAAAGGUUAUCCUCAUUGGCCAGCUCGAGUAGAUGAAGUCCCUGAUGGAGCUGUCAAACCACCCACAAAUAAACUCCCCAUUUUCUUUUUUGGAACCCAUGAGACUGCUUUUUUAGGACCAAAGGACAUAUUUCCUUACUCAGAAAAUAAGGAAAAGUAUGGCAAACCAAAUAAACGAAAAGGUUUUAAUGAAGGAUUGUGGGAGAUAGAUAACAAUCCGAAAGUGAAAUUUUCAAGUCAACAGGUAUCAACCAAACAGUCAAAUGCAUCGUCGGAUGUUGAAGUGGAAGAAAAAGAAACUAGUGUUUCAAAGGAUGACACUGAUCAGGAAGAAAAAGCCAGCAAUGAAGAUGUGACUAAAGCAGUUGACAUAACCACUCCAAAAGCUGCCAGGCGAGGAAGAAAGAGAAAGGCUGAAAAACAAGUAGACACUGAAGAGGCGGGAAUGGUGUCUGCAGCAACUGCUUCUAAUGUGAAAGCAAGUCCUAAGAGAGGACGACCUGCAGCUACUGAAGUCAAGAUUCCAAAACCAAGAGGCAGACCUAAAGUGGUAAAACAGCCCUGUCCUUCAGAAAGUGACAUGGUUAUUGAUGAAGACAAAAGUAAAAAAAAGGGGCCAGAGGAAAAACAACCUAAAAAGCAGCUUAAAAAGGAAGAAGAAGGCCAAAAGGAAGAAGAGAAGCCACGGAAAGAGCCCGAUAAGAAAGAGGGGAAGAAAGAAGCUGAAUCUAAACGGAAGAAUUUAGCUAAACCAGGGGUUACAUCAACCUCUGAUUCAGAAGACGAAGAUGACCAAGAAGGUGAAAAGAAGAGGAAGGGUGGAAGAAACUUCCAGGCUGCUCACAGGAGGAACAUGCUAAAAGGCCAACAUGAGAAGGAAGCCGCAGAUCGGAAACGCAAGCAGGAGGAGCAAAUGGAAACGGAGCAGCAGAAUAAAGAUGAAGGAAAGAAGCCAGAAGUUAAGAAAGUGGAGAAGAAGCGAGAAACAUCAAUGGAUUCUCGACUUCAAAGGAUACAUGCUGAAAUUAAAAAUUCACUCAAAAUUGAUAAUCUAGAUGUGAACAGAUGCAUUGAGGCACUGGAUGAGCUUGCUUCACUUCAGGUAACAAUGCAACAGGCUCAGAAACACACAGAGAUGAUCACAACCCUGAAGAAAAUACGGCGGUUCAAAGUCAGUCAAGUUAUCAUGGAAAAGUCUACGAUGUUAUAUAACAAAUUUAAGAAUAUGUUUUUGGUUGGUGAAGGAGAUUCAGUCAUUACCCAAGUGCUGAACAAAUCUCUUGCUGAACAAAGACAGCACGAGGAAGCAAAUAAAACCAAAGAGCAGGGGAAGAAAGGGCCGAACAAAAAGCCAGAGAAGGAACCAACAGGUACGAAGAACCUAAAUGGCGGAUCUGAAACUCAAGAGAGUAACCAUCCACAACAGAAUGGCGACAGUAACGAAGACAGCAAGGACAGCCGUGAGGCUGGCAGUAAGACAAAGCCACCUGGAGAAGAAAGAGAAGCUGAACUAUCUCUGAAGGAGUCUACACUAGAUAACUAGGUUGGCAGACGUGAGAUGUAAAGAGUAUAUGAGAAGUCUGUUGUGAGUGACUUCAUUUGGAAUACUUAGGCUGCUGAAUGGUUUAAAGUUUUAUAAGCGUAGGUUUUGAUGUUUAAGUAGUUGGGGGAAGAAAAACCCUUUAUAUUUGUGUAAAAGUCAAUUAUUGCUAAUUUUCCCUGUGCAGUAUUAACAACUCCAUCAUCUAGUUUAAGAGUAAGGGAAACCUACCUAGAGAGGUUAACCUGCUUUAUAGACAUGAAUGUAGUGCAUUUUCAGUUAGUGUGGAUGUUAAUGUGUAAUUGGUAGUAGGGCGGUUACAUUUUAAAACUGCUACUUGUAUAAAUAUUUUCUCUUUCCCAAAUACUGUGGGUUUUGUGCAUAGUUUUUACAAAUAUUGGAUUUACCAGACCUGUCUUUUCACUGUUUGUGGGUUUUUUAGAAGUUGAGCAUUUUUAUGGAUGAUAAAAUGAAUGUUACUUCUAAGUACUCACUCCUUUUAUCAGAAGCUAACCUCAGUCCAUUGUGCUACAUUAGCUUGCCUCUAUGUAAUAAUGUAUAGUCUGUAUGACAACUAGAUAUCCACCAGGUUGUUAUAGAAGGUACAAAUUCAUUUACUUUUUUGAAAGUAAUUUAGUUUUACGACUGGGAUUUCAGUGGCAUUAGAACUAAAGAGAACAGACUGGUUAUAUCUACAUAUAUGUAUAGGAAAUCCAUCUAUAAUCCUUUAUAGCUAGCUACUAAUCACAAAAACCUAAAACUAGUUUGUUUUUAAUCUUACACUCAUUAAGGUGUGUGUUUUCUUUUUUAAAUUAGAAUCAACCCAUGAUGCUUAUAAGUAGUAAAUAAGGAAACUAACCUAAUUGAAAACAAGGCCAUAAUGGAAUGGGAUUUUUAGUUUCUCUAUCAGACAUAUCAGAGGAUACAGAAAAAACAAACAUCAAUUGCUCCAAGGUAGACCAGAUAGACAGUCCAUACACACCAACAUAGACUAUCACUGUUAAAUUAAGGGAUAACAUUUCAAAGGUAUUCUGAGGAAUCAGGUCAGUUGUGCUUUUUUAUUAGGUAGAAAACUUCAUCCUUAUGCUUUGAAAUUCCAUAGGAAAGUGACUUAAUACCAGUGUUUGUGUGCGAUGCGAUUAAAUAUGUUCUUGAUUUCUCAGAUAAUUAUUUUCAUCUAUGUAAAAAUUACUUCAAUAAUUGGACUUUUGCUUUGAUAACUCUUACACUUUAACUACUGUUUUGAGCAAACACUGUACAUUAUAUAUACACCAGUCUCUGUUUUGUCCUUAGUACAUUUUAAACUUGGACAAAAAUUAUUCUAGUUAAGCCAUAAGUGUUGAUGUGUAAAUUGUUUUAAUUAAAAAGUUUUUUCUACCAAACUCAAUUAGUAAAUUAUUAUUACUAAAAGAAUUCUGGAUUUCCUGCUAAGGAAGUAGUAGUGUUCUCCUUAGCUAUCACUGAGACCCUGCUAGAGGACACAGGAGCUCAGGAGAGAACUGUGUCACCUACCUGCCUUCUGUUCACCUCCCUUUCUAACCCCAGGUGUUAGUUUCAUCUAAGCCACAGAACGCCAACAGCACUUAUAGGCUGGGUCCCUCCUCGGGAGGCUGCCUUGCUCCAAAAAUGUUCAUUUUCAAGCACAGCUGUCUGUAAGGCUAAUUCACAGACUUAUUUAGAAUGUAUUUGGUUAAACAAUGGCUGAAGUAAGAGAUCUAGUCAAUGAGAUAGCUGCCUCUCCCACUGUGUAUAAUAUGCAUGGAUAAUGUGCACAUAUGGAUGCCUAUUUUGAUUUCUCAGCUGCUUGGAUCAAUUUCCGAUAUCCUCCUAGUGAAAGAAUCUGGUUGCAAGCCUUUAUGUAUAAACAAUUUGACCACAGCUCAUCUGACCACAUUUGCUAUUCUAGUUAGGAAUCCAAUAGCAUAAUAGAUGUUACCAAGACCGUGAUGCAAUACACUAAAAAUGUUCCUAUUCAUAUCAACUUACCUGAGUAAAGAUGCCAGGUGAAGACAGGUCUGCCAUCCUGUAUGUAGAGCAAGGGCUUCAAUGAACGAGUUUUAUUCCACUGGUCAGAGAAUAUGCAAAUAGCAAAAUUGUAGCUUGAGACCCUUAAGAAAUGAGAGUAACUAAAAAAUGUGCUUAAAUUUGUGUCAUGUAAUUCUCCACCAGAUAUUAGAGAUGACUGUCCCCUGCUGUAAAACUGCCACGUAUAGUCAUCCUUAAAGACUUGUGAAGCAUAAGCAAGAUGCUUGAGGAAACACCCAUUUCCAAUGCAGGUGUAUCCACAGGAAUGGUCCCUGACAGGCAUUAUAGCUUGUCAGUAUACAGUUGGAAUUCUUUGGUGUGACUAGCUGGGACACUAUGUAAUUGAUAGGUACAGUAGCAUGGCUGGCCUUCCCUAAUCACCACCCUCACAAUGGAAGGCUUCAUAGAGUAAUAUCUGUCAUCUUUGUCUAGUAAAAUGGAGUAGUUAGCAUUAUACAUGAAUCAGGGCUAACUUGCUUGAGCUUACUUCCUGAGAAUACGCUCAGUAGUACGAGACCCACAUAAACAGCCACAAUAACCUGGGGACUGAGUAAAAAGCAUUCAUCAUGAAUGUGCGAUUGAUUAUGCAGCAGAAUCCUCAGGGUGCUUAACACUGUUCAAAACAAUGUAAGUCAGCCUUGGCGGUGUGUUGCCUACGGCUCUAAAUGAGAAUACUUGCAGACAUACCACAAGCAGGCGCUUGUCAGCUCCAUGUCAGUCGCCAUAAUUGGAUUUGUAACAUUUACAUCCAUGAAACGUGCUUCACCUUCUUUUAAACUUCAAAAUCUUUUAAACAGAUGUUUAGGCUUCAUUGGUUUAUUUAUAUGAUAAAUUGUUCUUAGCCAUCCAGAGAAAUGUAGGAUUCGGCUGAAUUUAAUUUAAACCUAGGACAGAGAAAGUAAUAGUUCAAAGUCAUAUAAUUUUCUACCCCAAAAGUUUCCACAAAAUAUUUUGAUAGAUUUGUUUAGAAGUGUUCUGUUUCUAUAGCUCAGAAUGAGAAGCCUUUGCUAUAAUACGGGGGCAGACGAGUGGGAAGAGCUGAGCCAGGAAAGAGCUUUUCUUCUUAGCAAUUGUUCCCUGACCAACAGUAGUAGUCUUGUGAAAGUGAGCCAUGCUUCAUGGUAUGUCCGUGGCGACGUGGAGUCCGCCAGUGUUUUCUCCAGCUGUGCCUUAACUGAUAUUCUGAACUCAGUCCAUCUAUCUCUGUGACUGUCAAGGAACACGCCCUCACCAAUACUGUGAGUGUGACUUAGAUUCAUUGUCAUAUCAUGUGCCUAAUGUCUGCUUUCAAAAUAUAAGAGCCCAAUGUUAAAUUGUAA